AAUAAUAAUGAGUCCGAAAACGCAACAUAAAUAUCAUUAAAAUCAGAAUGCUUUUUUUGAAUUGACAAAUAUACAACUAUGAACCACAACGCUUGGUUCUUGACUGGAUAACAUUUUGAAGAGUGGAAUCGCUAUCAUCGAAUUUUUAAAAAAUUCAAUUUUCAAGGGAAAUUUCAAAAACACGCCAAUUUUUACAGUUUUUUUAGUAUUGUAUAUCACAUUCCUGAUUUUGAAAUUAAAGUAGAGUACGAGCAGAUCGUAAAAAUAGGAUCCGUGUGGUUAACCUCACUAAUUGUAUAUUCGUUUAAUAUGACCGUCGCCCAUGUCACCGCAUGAUCCGCUUGGUGAGGGCAUCCUAGAGGAUUUCUGGGGGGAAAUCAGAUUAGCCUAAGGGUACGUCCCCGAGACUAUCUGGCAACACUGAUUCGUGCAUCAUUACGUACUGUGAACUCAUUCACAGAAAUAUGGAAACAAUAAACAAUAUUUAUUAAUUAUUCAAAGAAUAUAUCAUCUACUUUUAUUUACUAUUUUAUUAAUAAAUUUUAAAAUUAGUGUACGAUUUACCUACCAAGCCAAUUUUGUGACAAAAUGAAUCCAAAAAGUCCUGAAGCAAGGAAGCAGGAAGAAAAUCCAUUCGGUGGAUUGAAAAUAAGUGACUCCGAUGUUUUGCUUAGUUUAAAAAGUCGGAAUCCAUGUCCACGUUGUUAUAAAUCCCGGAUGUAUUUUUGUUACACUUGUUACGUGCCGGUUUCCACUCUAGAGGGUAGAAUUCCAUUUUGUAAUCUACCUAUCAAAGUUGAUAUAAUAAAACACAAGCGUGAAAUUGAUGGAAAGAGCACAUCUGCACAUGCAGCAGUUUUAGCCCCUAAACAUGUAAACAUUUUUACAUACCCCAAUAUACCACAAUAUGAUGAAGAUGAAAGAGUGGUUCUCCUUUAUCCUGGGACUGAUGCUUGCACAGUACCUGAGUUGUUUACUGGUAAACAUGAAAAGCAGUCAUAUUCAGACCACCUGUUAGCAGAGUUGCCCCAUGGCUAUAAUGUUGGUACAUUAAUGAAGAAAAUAUUUAAUAACAAUCAGGUACAUAGAAUUUGCCACAGUGAGAAUUUACCUAUUGAUAGACUUGUGUUGAUUGACAGUACUUGGAAUCAAAGCAAAGGAAUAUUUGCUGAUAGCAGACUACAAUGCAUACCAAAAGUUGUUUUACAGAAUAGAGUUUCACACUUUUGGCGCCAUCAAAAAGGUAGUCCACGUUGGUAUCUGUCAACAAUUGAAGCUUUGCAUCAAUUUUUGUUAGAACUACACAUUUGUGCAUGGGGUUGUGAUAAGAACUAUGUAUCUGAACUAACACAGGAGUAUUCAGUUCAUAAAGACGAAAACCACUCGCAGUGUAAGCCAUACAAUGGUCAAUAUGAUGAGUUAUUAUACUUUUUUAAAUUCAUGUAUGAAAAACUACAUAGACUUUAUGACCAUGAAAAUUUACUGGCUUACAAAAGACCAAUGGAAGUAAAAUGAUUAAAUAAAUAAUAAAUUUAAAUGUG